AUGAGGCUUCUACUUCUCCUACCUUUUGUUGCCGGCCUUAAUGUUCUCAUGACCUCAACUGACUCCUGGGUAUCUAUGAACGCCAGAUACUUGUACCGUGCAUUGGUUGAAGAUGGCCACAAUGUGGUUUUCAUUGGGCCACAGACACAAAUGACCGAAUCGGGACCUGUUGAAGCAAAAGACGGCGGUGAUUUUAACCAUUUGCUUCCUGCUCAUCAGAAGUACUAUAGACACGUUCGUAAACUCAAGACUUUAACCAAAGGCGCCAAGGGAGUCAUUCUGAAGAAAGAUAUCGAGGAGUUUGACAAAGAAUUUGAAACACAGGCCAUUGUGUCUUCCAGAUCCAUGGGGCAGGACCCCUUGAAUAAGGAUUUUUGGUAUGUGAAUGCCAAUCCACUUGACUCACUAGCAGUGGGACUCUCGGAGAUUAUUCCUAAAUAUCUCCCAGAUUUUCAUCCCGAUUUGGUUCUUGUGGGACCCAACGAGGGUCUUCACUUGAGCUCAUCCACUCAUGCCAGCGAAAAGGAUAUAUUGGAGGAAGACUUGUCAUCACUAGACAACCAGGUUGAGGCCAUGGUGCAUCUUGCUCAGGUUCACAACUACCCUACCAUUGCUGUAUCCACGGAGGAUGUACACCACAUUUACUAUCAGAAUGAGGACUAUUUCAAUGUGGAGGAGAAAGAAUUGUCCAACUCGUUCAAGAACAACCACGUCACCCGGAAUCUCCGGUUUGUGAGCCGAAAAAUCGUUCAAUUAGUCAACACUGUUGGCCCCUUGCUCAAUAGUAGAAUCUCAUUGAACAUCAACUUCCCAUCCAUGAGUCCUGAUACAUCCACGUGUCUGACCUCGCUGUCUGAACCUGCCUUUGAGCAAGUUAUCUCUACAAAAGGAGCCACCGGCGCACUUGGCAAAGUGAUUGGGUUUCCUACUUAUGAAGUGUCUGAAGAAGAGAUUGUCACCAGCGGCUUUUCUUAUUAUAAGACGUCAGAUGAGAUGCAAAAGUCAGACGAGAUGUCUACAGUGGAACUGAUGCGCAUGCUGUACCUUAUAGAAGAGGUGGAGCAGGAUCUUAAAACCAAUGACGCUGGUGCCCGAUUGACCAAUAAGCAUGAGCAUGAGGUGUUGACUCGUUGCAAGAUAGCGGUUUCCGUCAACCAUAUUUCGAAAGGCAACAAUAUGGACGAGUCGGUAUUGGACCUCUCUGCGCUUUAA